AUGGCGUCCACGGGAUCUCAGAACGAUUCGCACAGCGCCGUGAACCUUCUUACAACUUCGGCACAUGAAUUACAGGCUUUGCAGUCGGCAGGCACGCUCACCGCUGCUGCUCUGCUGCAGCUUUGCUUGAGCCAGGUUGAACAGUACAACAGCAGUCUCAAAGCCGUCAUCGCACUGGCGCCUGUGGGCUACUUGAGGAAGGUGGCAGUUGGACUUGACCAGGAACGACACAACGGCAAGGUCAGAGGACCGCUACAUGGGAUCCCAAUCUUGCUCAAGGACAAUCUCAAUACGAGUUCAGAUAUGGGCAUGGACACUGCCGCGGGCUGUUUGGCUUUCACAGAGACGCACCCAAGAUCUAGCGCAGAUGUCGUGCAAAGAAUGAUUGCCGCAGGAGCGAUCGUGAUGGGAAAAGCAAAUCUCUCGCCUGACUUCCUUCGGCCAUACUCAUGCGAUCACAGGUCGGAGACCCUGCCCUGGGCAUGGUCAGCACUGGGGCACCAAACACAAUCGGCGUAUGUCUUUGGCGGGUUCGACCCCUCCGACGGCAUAGGUGGACAUUCGAAUCCUGGUGGUUCCUCGUCCGGUUCUGCCGUUGGAGUCAGCGCCGGGUUCUGUCCGAUUUCGCUGGGAACAGACACCAUUGGGUCCUUGACGAUUCCGGCCACGCGUGCAGCGCUAUAUUCCAUGCGACCAUCGGUGGGGCUGGUUUCCACCGAGGGUGUUUUGCCUGUGUCGACAGACUACGAUACCGUUGGGCCAAUGGCAAAAUGUGUUCGCGAUAUAGCGGACACGCUGGACGUACUGGUGGACCGCCACAACGCGAACGUCCCUGGGGGCAGUUACUCCCAUUUCAUGACGCGAGAUUGGUCUGACAUCUCCGUCGGAACACUUGACCCAUCGUUGUGGAAAUUCAAUCCAGAUAUCACGAAGCCAGUACACUCAGCGACUGUUCAAAUGAUAAAUGAGACUUCAGCGGCCUACAAGAAACUAGAGAAGCUCGCCAAAAAAGUUUGCAAUGUGCCACUGAUUCACGGUGCGGAACUUGAUAAGAUCGACAACGCUGGGGAUGAGUUGCUCUUAGAAGUCGGUGGUUACGAUGAAGCUCUCAAAGGAUAUCUGCAGACGCUCGAGAAGCCAAAAGUCUCAAGUGUCGCCGAGUUGGUCGAAUUCAAUCAAGCACACGCCGAUGUGGAAUUACCAAAGGGCUACGACAAGCAGGAUAUGCUGAUUGCUGCAAGGGAUGCCCGAAUGAGCAAGAAGAGAUAUCAAGAGCUGCGACACCAAAUAUCUGUCAGCCUGGCCAAUGCCGGUGUGGAUCCCAUAUUGAAACAGUACGGUGUCGAUGUCAUUAUCGGGCCCAGCGACAGUGACAUUUACACCGUGUUCGGACUUUCUGGCUAUCCCGCAGUCACUCUGCCGCUUGGCUACCUCGAAUUCAAUGGCCGCCCUUUCGGUUUGGUUGCAUUGGCAUCUCACCAUCAAGAACCGUUGCUCAUCAAAGUUGCAAGUGCGUGGGAAGCGACCUUUCCAAAGCGCCAGCCGCCACGAGCCCUCGAGGAGCAUCGCAAAGGCCACUCUGGAUCGCUGUGA